UUAAAACCAAGAAAAUAACUUUCAAACAAACCAGUUUGGAAAAAGAGAUGGAUAACGAGACGUUUAUCUUGGAGAAAUUGGAAAAGUGGAAUAGAGAGCUAGCAGAAAGUUUGAUCAUCGAUAAUGUGAUUUUGUCUUUGUAUAUAAUAGUAGGACUGUUGGGGAAUUCUACAGUUAUUAGUAUCUACGGUUUUGUGAUGAAAGGCGACAACGAAGAUAGGUAUUUUAUUCCGUUCCUUGCUGCUGUGGACCUAUGCACUUGUCUUCUUGGCUCUUCAUUUGGAAUUGCUCUCAACGUGUUCCCGGUGAAAUUUGAAAACGAAUUUGCAUGUAAAGUUCUGAAAUCCCUAGUGCCGUUUUUUACAUUUACGUCCGUGUUAUUUCUUUUAAUUAUCGCUGUUCACAGAUAUCUCAAGGUCUGCAAACCGUUUGGAAAACAAAUGACGUUAAAGUGGAAACAGUUUUCAAUGUGCUUGGCUUCGAUCAUAGCACUAGUAUUAUCUUUACCUAUGAUUUAUUUUUAUCGAUCAGUGUCCAUUCCAAAUACUGAAGAAGGAAUUGUAGGGUGGCGAUGCAGCGCGUCAAAAUCUGCCAAUAAAACACUGUCCCUGAUUUAUGGAGGCGUCCUUCUUAUUGCAACAAUCAUAAUAAUUAUUUCACUAGUUAUCCUGUAUUCCAGUAUAGGGUAUACUAUUCUGGUACAUUUCAACAAUGCCAAGACCAUUAACAAGAAGAAAAAUUGCUCAGAGGAAGAAAAUUCAAAUGACGUCUAUAAGUUGCAAAAUCCAAUUUCGAGCCAAGGUGAUCCACAUAGUAAAGUAGAGAAUAAAACAUAUUCAAGUAAGACGGACAUCAUAGAAUUAUCCGGUAAUUAUUCUAUUCCUCAAACAUCCCCAACGACGACAGGGAAAAUUUGUAAUAAAAGAACGACACUUGAAGAGACUGCAAAUCAUCAGAUGUCAAGUGCAACACAACAAAUGCAAAAACGAAACAGGGCAGUUGUGCAUAAGUUUACCCUUAUGUUUAUGCUUAUAACCGUCAUUUUCUUCGUCUGUUAUAUUCCAAAGGUUAUCCUUUUGCUGCUAGAAGCCAGGAAUCCUAAAUUCUGGGAGGAACUCUCAGAUUCUGCAAGGGCUGGCGUUGUGUUUGUGUACCGAAUGUACAUAAUAAACAAUAUCACAAAUCCGUUCAUUUAUGCAUUCUUAGACAACAAGUUUGCAACAGAAAUCAAGAAGUUAAUUAAAAUGUGUCGGUAAAGGGUAUUUAAAGAUCUGAGAAAUUAAAUUAAUUGAUUGUUACAGGACUUUGUAAACUGUUA